GGCGUAGUUUGCUGCCAAUAGUUGUCUCGUCGUCUCUGAUUGUCGUCGCAAAUAGUCGGAUCGAUAUCGUGAGUGUCUCGGAGAAUUAAAAUCGUGACUCGUUUAUUCGUCUUGUCUUUUUAUCGCAGCCAAUCGUUAUAAUGCCAGCGUGUUUGUUAAAGAAUCACAAUGAAUGAUGUUCAUGAUGAAAUGGAAUUGCUUCUUGGUGGGAAGAUGUCUUCUCAUUGGAUGCAGUAGACUGAAGUCGUCUAAGCAAUACGAUAGCGUCUCCAACCACGACGCAUAGCUGUCAAAAAUCAAGUAUUUGUGUUACCUUACGCCCAUCUGAAAACUCUUGUAAAUCUAAAACUGGUGAAAGUGAAAAAUCCUGUGGAAAUUGUUUGAAUCGAGAUGAUGGAUUCUACCAAACUUUCACCGCUGCGCGUUGGCCCGGACGCGGACGCCGCAGCGUCCCCAAAAACUCCCCGCCCCGGAAAAAAGCAGCAGUCCUGUGGCCGUCGUUGGUGUGAUGUGGUCUCGGUGUUGCUCAUCGUGCUACUCACCAUGGCCUUGGUUGCCUGGUUUGCCCUUCCGGCUGACGCCGGCCUCUAUUCGAGGUUUGAGUUUCUUCCCGACCACGUCUCGCCGCCGACCUGGAUCGCGUCGCAGAGUUUCGUGCGCACCUUCCUGAGCGACACAGGAGACGCGGUGGAUGAGGCGGAUGAUGAGGAUGCGACGGGCGAUUUCGCAUUCGCAAGCAGCUUUUCUCCCGCUCCUGAAGGUGAAAACGAGGCGAAUUCUUCUACGACUGGAACUAUCAUCAGCGGAGCAGAUGAAAAACAAAAAGACGAAGAUACUUCAUUUACUCCACCGUCUCUCAGUGCAGCAACUUCACCUCCGACCCUUCUGACGCGGUCGGAGGUGUUUGCGGCCAGGAGGAAGAAACUGCGAGAUCGCCGAGCUAGCAGACGGGAGCAGGCAGGACGGAAAGGACGAAGAAGAACUACUUCUAGGAGAAAACCUGGCACACUCACACCAGCAACUUCCCCGGAAGACGAAACUGAUGGAACCAACGAAGUUUCUACAACUGGAGAAGUUGCUAAUGCUGCUGUACCUACUGCAACGGCGAAACACAAACAUCAAGCUGAAAAUCAAAUGCAAAACACUAAGACAUCACUCGUGCCUGCAAAAGUGAAACGGAACCUGCGAGGGCUAGCGUCAGGCGCUACAACUCCUCCAAGCGCUAUCCCUACCGAAAAUGCCUUUUCCGCAGUGGACAUGGCUCCGAACGGAAAGCUUCUCGAGACUGAGCCAAGCAGUUUCCUGGAUCUGGAACCGGAGCCGAAAGCAAAAGCAGCCGGAAAUGCGGCCCAACAAGCCGUGCCCGCAGGAGGUGGCCAAGAACAAGAUCCAUCAGAGCGCUGGAAACCGCUGAUGACAAAGAAGGGCACCUACAGGCUCACGGAACAGGCGUUAGACCACGCUCAAUUUCACGGGGUCGAGGGCGACGUGACCACGAUCAGCGUCACCGCGGAGGCGAAUGUGGACCGAACCGAGUUGAAGCCGGGGGGUGACUUGUUCCACAUCCUGUGCAAAAAGCAAAUCGGCGGCAAGUGGACGCCGCAGAACUACAACCUCCAGGAGUACAAAGGCGAGCGCGCAGCGCUGUUUGAGCAGUGGCAGAGGGAGAAUAAGUAUAGCGACGUGUACUUCUGCAAUGCGCAACUGACCUGGCUGUACGUCACGGAAGACGCGGGCGGCAAGAUCCAGUACGAGUUCGUGAACGCCAAUCUCGGGCGGCACGUGCUCGGCGACAAGCAGCCGGGCGCGGAGAAUCUGCGGCUCGUGACGGAGCUGCCCCGGGACAUCGAGGCCAACAUCAAGGACUACGCCCAAGGUCUCCCGAAAAAGCCCGAGGACCAGCUCGUGGCGCUGGUACAGAAUUACCAGAAAGAAACGAAUGGGGAGACGGACGACGGCGAGUACGCGAUCCCGCAGGCGGACCAGGUGUGGUCUUUCGUUGUGCCAACGGUGACACAGGACAAGAUUGUGUUCGCCGAGGACCCGAAACGGAAAUCCAUACGGGUGGAAACAGAAUCGAAUGCCUCGUAUGAGACGGUACAGGAAGCGGUUUUGUUGUUUCGGUGUUGCUGGUUCAACUUCUAGAUCUAGAAACUCAUUUCUGUUUUCCCGGAUGGUGUCUGUGUGAGUGACACUCUAUCCAUCGCUGCUGUGGUAACUAGAAGAGGCAACAUAUCAUGAAAAUCAAUCCGGAACAUACAAUAUGUAUACAAUUCUGAGGUUUGGGCGGACAACGCAUGGAUACAGGGGGAGUACGCGGACGCUUGCGGGCAGCUGAGUAAACUCGGCACGCUGGCCUCCUCUCCGGAAGCGGGCAUCAAGGCAUUUAGUCCCGCACUCGCGACGGUGGCCAAAGUUUCUGACCACUUCUGUAAGCAGGGGGGGAUCGACGGCAUUUACAUCAAUCAGAAAACGGACAACCCCUACGCGGACGGGUACGGAACCAUCCUGCUGGAAGUCUCCGGAAAUGGGAAACGAAUGCUGUUCUCCUACCAAGACACGGAGUCGACGGAGGGCGACGAGGUCGGAUUGCUCCUCUUCGCGGAGCAACCAGAGACGAAAGUACAAAUGUUGUGACUCGUUCUUGCUCCGUGUAAAAUCAAUGUUUCACCAGUAGAGAUCUUCCACUUCUCCGCAGUCUUUAUGUACUUCGUCGUAAUGUAUGAGACCACAACUUUGAUGAAGAUAAUGAUCUUCACUAAACACAACACAGAUGUACAGCCUUGCUAUGCUGUACAACGGAGAGCCGGACGUUGACGAGGACGAAGCUGCGCACAACGCCCACAUCGGGGUCGGAAAGUUGUCGGAAAUGACGAGGAAAGAGAAAAUUAACAAGUACUCGGUGGUAUCAAAUGCAAAAAUGUCUGGGUCUGGAAGAAUGCAUGUUUGUCAUGCUUGUCUGGCAUGACUCUUAAAUCUGCCAUGCAUGUUACCCAAGAGGUCCGUUUUUCUGUGAUGCAGAGACGCAGUUUGUCAUGCAGAAUAGGCAACACCUAGAAGCUCAGAAACUUGCCAUGCUGAGCCAGCACUUGUGGCCUCAUCAUGAGACGCCACCCAGCAUCACAAGUUUACAGACCCAGACAUUUUUGCAUUUGAUAGGUGGUCUUCGAGCAGGUGAACGACGCGGAAAUCGACGCGGACGACGAGGCGUUCAGCAGUUCUUCCUUUCUGGAACUGCAACAAACCUCUGCGGGAGCGACCCCAUCAUCGUCUACCGCGGCAUCCAGUUCCAGCAGCGCGCGGGCCCUUGCGGGCGCGGCGGGCUCAGCCUUCGGCUCAGCGGCGUCGAAGGCGUGGGAAAACGCGCCGGAUCGGAACCAGGUGGCGAGCGGCUUAAGCACAGCCGUGAGCACGGUCUCCGACAAGGCGGGCGAGGUGGCGCAAUUUGUCGGUGCGGGCGACGCCUGGGACAAGUACGGCGGUCGCGUCAUGAGGAUGCUGCUGUUCGGCGGAAUCGGAUUGCUCGUACUGUUAAGCGCGUGGCUCGUUGUGGUUCACGUCCUGGUGCCGAUCUUACUGUCCCCCGUUUUCAUCCUCUCCGUGCUCCAGCUCGUCUUUCCACCUUUGGCGCCCCUGCUCGAACCGGUCAAGCCGCUGCUGCGGUGAGGAAAAAGGAAAUGUGUGCGUUGUAACACUUCUAUUACUUACUUGUUUGCAGGAGACGAGGAGGUCUACGCAAACUCAAAAAAAUGUACAAACGAAUUCUAGCGAGUUUCAAAGAACAAAUGUCUGUAAAUGUACCCUGUUAUCACGUCUCUAAGCUCCUGUUUACCUUUAUCUGUAAGCUUCGUUCAAAGCUUCAAACCUGAUUGCGGUAUAUAAUGAACCAAAAAAACGAAACCCACCCCGAAGUUGCAAAGUUGUCUAUGUACAAGUGCCUAGAAGUAACUAAUUGAAUUUGAAAUGGAUAAAGAUUUGUGGCCCAAUUUGCGACUCCAAUGAAGUGUACCGAAAGGGAAAAGUCAAUCCUGGAAAU